CAUAAUGAGGAGAAAAACCAGCAAUGUGUGUUUUUCCUGAAUGAUCCAAAGUCAUCAUUUAUUGGCACAUGGGAUUUCACAGCUUGCUCAGACUUGCAGUAUGUGACAGUCUGCCAGAGAACCAGAGAUAAUAAUGGGACCAAAGUGCCAUCAUUUGUUGCAGAAGAUGUGAGCUACAAAGAGAAGACAUAUAAAAUCCUUCAGAAGAACAUGACUUGGUACAUGGCUUUAGAAGAAUGUAGAAGCAAAAAAAUGGAACUAGUCAGUGUAACAGAUCAGUACCAGCUGUCCUUUCUCAUCGUCACGGUUAAGCAGGCAGAUCGGCCAUUUUGGAUUGGACUCUCUAGCAGGGAUGAUGGACUCCACUACAGAUGGCAGGAUGGGAGCACAGUUACUCUGAACCGGUGGGCGGAGGAUGUGCAGGAGGAUGAAGAUUGUGUUUUUAUAGAUGUUGACGGCACAUGGAAAACAAAGAGUUGUGAUGAUGAACUGCCUGGGGCUAUUUGUCACAUACCAACAAAUGUGACUGAAAAGAAAAUGCAAGACAACACCAUUGCUUGUCCUCACAAAGUUCAAGAUGUAGUGUGGAUCCCAUACCGAAACAACUGCUAUGCUUUCCUAUUGAACCACAAAAGAUGGUUCUCAAAUGAACACAAAUACAUCUGCCAUUCUCUUGAUCCUGAUGCUUACGCCCUGGUUAUUCGAAAUGAGGAAGAAAAUCGGUUUAUAGUUAAUGAGCUGCAGCCCUACAUGGACCUAGCCAAAUGGGUGUGGCUGGGAAUGCGUUAUGAUGUAUAUGAAAGCCAUCUUCGCUGGCAUGAUGAGACCUUUGUGAAAUAUUCAAACUGGAGGGCUGGGCGGCCAAACAUAACAAGCAACAGCUUUUAUGCAGGGAUAAGGCUUGAUGGCUUCUGGGAUAUUUUCCACAACCCAAAGGACUAUGAAAUGGUCUUCUAUCAACAGCACUCCAUUGUGGCCUGCAAGAUUGAAAUGGGUUCAAGGACAGAAUACAUUGAGCCAUUGCCAACUGCUAUACCAUUUGACAAUUCCACAUACUACGUUUUGAAGAAGAAGCUGACGUGGUUUGAGGCG